AUAAAGGGAAUUUCAGGGAAUGAUCGCUGCUGCUCAAGAAGGGAUCCACGGUUCCUCUCUGACGUCUGCUUUAAGGAAGUCCGAAAGGCUGGUCUACAGCCCCUACUGAUAUUGAUUGAAGUCUUCAUCCGACAUCCAGACAAAAGUAGCACUACGAUGUCUGGCGAAGAACAGAGAGAGGGACAAGAGGCCAUGAACGUCUACAGCAUUACCCUAGCUGGCCCGGCACCAUGGGGCUUCAGACUGCAGGGUGGGAAGGACUUCAGCAUGCCCCUCACUGUUUCAAGGUUGACCCCAGGAGGGAAGGCGGCCCAGGCAGGGGUGGGGGUCGGAGACUGGGUGGUGUCCAUCGGUGAGAUCAACGCGGAGGACAUGACCCAUGUGGAGGCUCAGAACCAGAUCCGCGCGGCCACAGACUCGCUCAGCCUCAGCCUCAGCAGGGCUUUCAAUGCCGGCGGCGAGCAGAAGGGUUCAAUUGCCCGUGCCUCGGUUCAGCCCAAAUACUCCUUUGCCCCCAGCACCGCCAUUAACAAGAUGGCGAGACCAUUUGCAGCAGGGGGUGCUAGUGGCAACUCGGGCCCUGUUAUUAAGCCUGUGGCCUACUCCCCUAAGCUUAACACUCAGCGCUCGCAUGGUCUGGGCAGUGUACAGCAGCCACGCAAUGGUGUUGAGCCAACCCAGUCCACUGCCACGACCCAGGCACCAGAUAAACCUGCUGGAUCCAUGAGCCAGGCGGCCCCCCCCGACAGCUCCGGCCCGUCCUGCCGGCCCCCCUGGGUCACCGACCCGGGCUUCGCCGACCGCUACCGGCCGGACAAGACGUCCACGGUGCUGACGCAGCACCGGCAGCCCGUGCAGCCCACCCCCAUGGAGAACCGCAGCUCCAUCCUGCAGGCGGCCCAGAGCGCCCCCGAGGACAGCGGCCGGACCCCCGUGUGCGGGGCCUGUGACAAAAUCAUCAGGGGACGGUACCUGGUUGCGCUGGGGCGUUCUUGGCACCCCGAGGAGUUCACGUGUUCCCAGUGCAAGGUGGUCCUGGAGGAAGGGGGCUUCUUCGAGGAGAGGGGCUCUGUCUUCUGCACCAAGUGUUACGACAACCGCUACGCGCCCAACUGCGCCAAGUGCAAAAAGAAAAUCGCUGGGGAAAUCAUGCAUGCCCUGAAGAUGACCUACCAUGUGGAGUGCUUCAAGUGUGCGGCAUGCAGGACUCCAAUCAGAAACCAGGCCUUCUACAUGGAGGAGGGAGAGCCCUACUGCGAGAGAGACUAUGAGAAGAUGUUUGGCACCAAAUGCCACGGCUGUGACUUCAAGAUUGAUGCCGGGGAUCGGUUCCUGGAGGCCUUGGGCUACAGUUGGCACGACACCUGCUUCGUCUGUGCCCUGUGCCAGAUGAACCUGGAGGGGAAGACCUUCUACUCCAAGAAGGAUAAGCCGCUCUGCAAAGGCCAUGCCUUCGCCCCGGUGUGAGGCGCUUAGCCCGGGAGAGGUGCUUCUGUCGGGGGAAGAGACACCCAGAGAGCUCCACUCACUCGCCACCCUCCUCCCCUCCUACUCCCCUACUCUUCCUCAUCCUCUCCCUCCUCCUCAACCCAACUUCUUCCCCUCAGGCGAAACCACACACACACACACACACACACAUCAAAGCCCGACACCUGUGCCAGUCACACACACACACUUCGUUUCCCUCGCUCAAAUGCACUCCUCACCCUGUCUUUUCAAGAUGUGAGCCGCUUUGUCUCACCUUUGGAGAUUUGAUGUAAGCCCAGAAAUGCUACCACUCCCUCGCUGUGUAAGGAUAGACUCUCUAGCUAGCUAAAGCUAGAAAGCACCGAGUCCUACACCGUAAAAGCAACUGUUGUGGUCUGCUGUCGGGGGAAACGGAAGCAGUUGCAGAAGGGAAACUCACGCGCCUCGAGCUAAUUGUAAAUUCGCUUCUCUCGGCUCUUCUUUGUAAGUUAAUUCUUGGAUUGUUAUUUUAGUGCCGCUUGGACAUUAAGUGUGUCACAUCGCCUCACCCAGAUUCAGGGCGUGCUCGUUAGAGCUGUUAAAUACCGUUACGGCUCCACCAAUCGCGGGCCUCGUUGAGGUUUUACUGCGAGUAUCCUCCGUGCUGAAUGACUCAUUUAGUCGCUCAUUGUCAGGCGUUAUUACUGUAAUGACCUGACACCAUUCGUGUACUCUUAUACUCAUUUGGGACCCCCGGACUCCUCAUUGGUUCUUACUGCAGUGCCUAUUAAGUUAAUGGGGAGCUCUAGUCAAGGAGAAAAGCGUGCGUUCUGCAACUCUUCACAGAGGCACAGCCUGCCGCCUAGCUCCAGCUGUGCUAAAGGAGGAUUAUGUGUUUAUUCGUAUCAGUAUUGAUGUCCUGUGUUAUCAUCAUUCAUUGAUUAGCAUUUCAGUUUGAAUGAUGUAGUGUAGUUCUUAUCCCUGUAAAAUCUUCAGUUUCAGGCUCUGGUGCUUGAACAGAAUUGGGUGUGUCUGAUAUGGUUAUAAAUAACGUCACUUCUUACACUAUUAUCUUUUCUAUCUUGUCUGUCUUAUGGUAUCAUUUUUUUUGUAUAUAAUAUUUUUGAGACCAAAGUUAUGUUUUAAUAAAAGCCUUUUGUUAGAGUGACAACGGUAAAAUAACAUUCUUUAAGGAUGUUCUGCAGAAUCCUCCCUAACAUUAACAACUGAAAAGUAGAAAUGAAAUAAACUUUAAGUGCCUUUGUUUUUUUAAGUCAAGCUUUAAACCAAUGUCUUCGAGCUGUAAUAUAAAUCCUACUGAAUCUCUACAGUGUAUCCAUGUCCUUGAUGUAUUGGGGGAGAAAGGUGCAAUUUAUAUAUGUAGGAAUUAAUGCAAUUCGACUCACUUUAUCAAUAAAGUACAUCUUGUAACUUAAA